CCGGUGACAUCAGCUGGAGGAGCUCGACUGCUUUCCUCCAGGAGGACUCGGUGAAUACACACACACACACACACCAACACACACACACACGUCCAGCAGCAGCACCGGGAGAGCUCGACGGAAAACGGCGGCUGCUCGGCUAUUACCGCUUUCUUCAUGGGACAUAACGAGCCUUCUUCUCUGCCAGAGAUCAUGGGAGGCUGUUGAUAUCCGACUCGGCCACCAGCAAGAGGAAACUCCCUAAUUAGAGUAGGCUGAACGCAGCAGCUGGCGCACAGCGACAGGUCCGACCAUGGCCGCCCACCGAAUCAGAGCCGCCACCAGCACCAACACGUCUCUCCCGCGCUGCAAGUCCGAGGGGACGCUCAUCGAUCUCAGCGAAGGAUUGUCAGAAGCCAGUCUGAACGAUGUCAAAGUGCCUUCUCCCAGUGCCUUACGACUGGACGCGACUGCCUCCUUCGGCACUGCCAGGGAAGUCGUCGCCAUUAAGGACUACUGCCCGUCCAGCUUCACCACCCUGAAGUUCUCGAAAGGGGACCGCCUCUACGUUCUGGACUCAACAGGAGGAGAGUGGUGGUACGCCCACAACAACACAGAGAUGGGUUACAUUCCUGCCGCCUAUGUGCAGCCCAUCAACUACAGAGACUCGUCCUUCAACGACAGCGGGAUGAUCGACACGAUGGGAGACUGUAACGAGGAGGCGGCCAAAGAAAUGGACCUUCUAGGGGAGUGGGCGGGUGUGAUUCUGAAACCAACUACCUUCCAAAAUGGAAAUCCUUUUGCAACAACCCAUACCUCUACGAACCCUUUCCUAAACGGGUGCCCUCAGAGCUCCCUCGAUCAGAACAGUAAUGAGAAGUCAGUUGACCUCCUUCUGUUCGAUACGCUCGCUCCGUCAGUGCCAAACUCCACCAGCAGCGCUGCAAUCAACGGUUUAGGCAGUAGCGUUUUUAACCCUCUUAGUCCCACUGUAGGUGUAGGGCAAACAUUGCGCAGGGACAACCCGUUUUUUAGAAGCAAGCGCUCCUACAGUUUGUCUGAGCUGUCCAUCCUGCAGGCUCAGUCCGAUACCCCUCAGGCCUCUGGUUUCUUCCGGGGUCUGAAGGCACCAGCGCCAGAGCAGUUCCAGAGCAGGGAGGACUUCCGGACAGCGUGGCUCACCCACCGCAAGCUAGCCAGGUCCUGCCAUGACCUGGACUCGAUGGGUCAGAACCCAGGCUGGGGACAGACCCAGCCGGUGGAGACCAACAUUGUCUGUCGGCUGGACAGCUCAGGAGGUGCUGUCCAGCUUCCGGACAGCAACAUCAGCAUCCAUAUACCCGAGGGCCACGUAGCGCCGGGGGACACCCAGCAGAUCUCGAUCAAAGCUCUGCUCGACCCCCCGCUAGAGCUUAACAACGACCGCCGCACCACUGUCAGCCCCGUGGUGGAGAUCAAACUCAGCAACAUGGAGAUCAAAACCACCAUUACCCUGGAGAUGAAAGUGUCUGUUGUGGUGAAAAUGGAGAGCAGGGAGACGACAGAAGUGUUGUGCGUCAGGAGUGAUUGUAAAGAGGGACCUUACAGCCCCAUUCCUCAGUCGUACAUGUAUGGCGACAUGGUCCAGGUGUGCCUGGAUAACCUGGAGCCUUGCAUGUAUGUGUGUGUCGUGGCUCAGUCCCAGUCCCUCUCUCCAGACUCCACAGUCUGGGAGCAUGUGGUUAAAAAGAUCACCUUAGGAGUAUAUGGUCCCAAACACAUUCACCCGUCCUUCAAGACAGUCGUGGCUAUGUUUGGCCACGACUGUGCCCCAAAGACGUUAUUGGUGAGCGAGGUAGGCAAACAGUCACAGUCUUCUCCUUCAGUAGUGCUGCAGCUCUGGGGUAAACACCAGUUUGUCCUGUCCAAACCCCAGGACCUCAGUGUUGGGGUUUACUCCAACAUGGCCAACUAUGAGGUAAAGGCCGGCGAGCAGGCCAGAGUGGUCCGGGGCUUUCAGGUGAAACUUGGCAAAGUCAGCAGGCUUGUCUACAUGAUUGCCUCGCGAGACACCGACGAUGUCUCCGAUUUCACCUUAAGGAUACAGGUCAAAGAUGACAACGAUUGUAUACUGGCUCAGUUUUGUGUCCAGACUCCGACACCGCCGCCCAAAGCAGGCCCAAAGGCGUCAGUGCAACGGCGUUUCCUGAAGAAGAAAGAAGUGGGCAAGAUAGUCUUGUCUCCUCUCGCCAUCGCCACCAAGUACCCUGUUUUCCAGGACCGGAGGAUAAAUAACGUGAAGUUUGGAAAAUUAAUCAAAACUGUUAUCCGACAAACAAAAAAUCAGUACUUGCUUGAGUACAAGAAAGGGGACUUUGUAGCUCUGUUGAGUGAGGAGAAGAUCAAGCUCAAGGGUCAGUUGUGGACAAAAGAGUGGUACAUUGGGUAUUAUCAGGGCAAAAUGGGAUUUGUUCACGCAAAGAACGUGCUGGUGGUCGGCAAAGUUAAGCCCAUUUACUUCAGCGGGCCCGACCUUACCACCUCUUUGUUACUGGAGCAAAUACUGAAGCCCUGCAAAUUCCUCACGUACAUCUACGCCUCCGUAAGAACUAUACUGAUGGAGAACAUCGGCAACUGGCGAGCGUUCGCUGACGCCCUCGGAUACGUCAACCUGCCGUUGACCCAUUUCUGUCGCCAAGAGCUGGACAGUGAACCGGAGAGGGUCGCAUCGGUGCUGGAGACGCUGAAGGAGGAUUGCAACAAUGCAGAGAGCAAAGAGCGCAAGUCCUUCCAGAAAGAACUCCUGACGGCUCUGUUGAAGAUGGACUGUCAGGGUCUCGUGGCCAGACUGGUCAUGGACUUUGUGCUGCUGACGACGGCCGUGGAGGUGGCCGGGCGCUGGAGGGAGCUGGCCGAGAGGCUCAUCAAGGUUUCCCGCCAGCAGAUGGACGCUUACGAGGCACCGCAUCGCGACAAGAACGGAGUGGUGGACAGCGAGGCCAUGUGGAAGCCGGCGUACGACUUCCUGGUCACGUGGGCCGCACAGAUCGGCGACAGCUACCGAGACGUGAUCCAGGAGCUGCACAUGGGCCUGGACAAGAUGAAGAGCCCCAUCACCAAACGCUGGAAGCACCUGACGGGCACGCUCAUCCUGGUCAACUGCCUGGAUGCCCUGCGGAGCUCCGCCUUCAGCCCCGCCGCUCAGGACGACUACGCCAUCUGAACUCGGUCCUCACCGGCGCCGGUGCGCCACCUCGCUCUGCCGGAGCAGCAAGUUUCACAGUUUGAAAUGCUGCACAUCAGCUGUCUGCUUCCUAGGGUUGUUUUUAUAUUAACGAUUCUUAUUCCAAUUCCGAUUCUUCCUUUCGAAGCCGGUUCUUAUCGAUUUUUGAUUCUUUGAGGGGUGGAACGGGUCCCACGCUUAUUUCACCAGGGCUGGGCAUCGUUCAAAGUUUUCGAUACCUAUUCCGUUACUUCCAUACCGGUUCCUAAACGAUUCUGAACCGAUUUGAUAAAA